GGGAGGCGGUGCGGUCCUCGGGCCGAACUAGGGAGGUGUGAGCUCAGGGUCCGCCGGCCCGUGAUAGGGUAAAGUCUCUCUGCAGACUCUCUGUUUCUUCAGCACUACCGGCCCCUCCACCUAUCUUCGUAUCGUCAGCAGACUUAGCCACAAAGCCAUCUAUUCCAUAAUGCAAAUCGUUGCUGUACAAUGUGAAACGAAGCGGCCCCAACACGGACCCCUGUGGAACUGAUAGUGGUGUACAGGAUGACAGGAGGCAUUGAUAGAGUGGAUGAAGUCAGUCUGGAAAGCCAUCUGUUAUCCAGAUUUUCCUGAAAGCUGGGUGUCAACAACAACAUUGAGAUGGCAGAAGACCGUAAGGGAAAACAGCAAAGUCAGAAAAAAGUGAGCCAGGUCUAUCGGAGUUCAGCACAUUCCCAGACUCUGCUGGAUGGACUGGCUGCACUUCGGAGCAGUGCAAGUUUGUUUGAUGUUACUCUUAUCGUAGAGGGCAAGUCCAUUGAAGCUCACCGCAUACUUCUAGCAGCAUCAUGUGACUAUUUUAGGGGAAUGUUUGCUGGUGGGCUGCGGGAGAUGCAGGAGAAGGAGAUAUUUUUACAUGACAUAUCCUACGUGGUCAUGUGCAAAAUUUUGGAUUUUAUUUACACUUCUACGAUAGAGCUGAACCUGGACAAUGUGCAGGAUGUGCUGGUGGCUGCUUGUCAGAUACAGAUUCCGGAGGUGAUCAAUUUCUGCUCUGACUUCCUCAUUUCCUGGAUUGAUGACGAUAACGUUCUUGAGCUGUACAGACUGGCUGAGCACUACAGUCUAGCUCAGCUGAGUGACAGAAUCGACUUGUACAUCCUGGAAAAUUUCCUGAGUUUCAGCAAGACAGAGACCUACCGCCAAUUGCCCCUGGCCAAGGUGCAGGGCCUGCUGAGCAGUGACAAACUGCAAGCAAGCUCCGAGAAUGAUGUGUAUGAGGCUGCCUUGCUUUACCACUACACCCAGGAGGAAAUUGAAAGAGACCAGGUCUCCUUACAUGACCCCCCAAAGCUACUGGAGAUGGUCCGCUUUGCACUGAUUGAGCAGCAGACGUUUCAGAAACUGUACAAUCGCCUGAGUCCUUGCCCUCUCAAGGAGGUCCUAGCAGAUGCCCUGGCUUACCACCAGAAUGAGAUCCUCCAGCCUGUGCUUCAGACCCCACAGACACAGUUGAGAUCCGGAUUCCAAUGUGUGGUGGGAUUUGGAGGGAUGUACUCAUCCCAAGAUGAUGAUUUAAGUGAUGAGGUCAAGUUUCUGAACCCACUGAGCCAGGAAUGGCAAACGUUAACCCAGGCACAGAUGCCAAAAAUGUCAAACCAGGGCAUUGCUGUUUUAAAUAACUUUGCUUACCUUGUGGGUGGAGACAACAACACUGCAGGAUACAGAGCAGAGGUGAGCUGCUGGAGGUACGAUCCCCGGCACAACAAGUGGAUUAGAAUCCAGUCGCUGCAGCAGCCACAUGCUGAUCAUUGUGUGUGUGUAGUGGGCGAGUAUCUGUACGCAAUCGGAGGCCGAGACUACCACCAGGAAUUAAAUGUGGUGGAGCGUUAUGACCCCCGCUUAAAUUCUUGGGAAUAUAUGGCACCACUGAAAAAGGAGGUAUAUGCACACGCUGGAGCAGCACAUGCGGGAAAGAUAUACGUAGCCUGUGGGAGAAGUGGUAGAAAUUAUUUGAAGGAGAUGCACUGUUACCACCCAGAGUCAAACCAGUGGGAAGGAAGGGCUGAUGCCCCAGUAGAACGAGCCUGGCAUGGAAUGGCUGCAGUCCACGGCCACCUUUACCUUCUGGGCGGCAGUAACAAUGCCAAUGGGUACAGGCAGGAUGUGAUGCAGGUUUCCUGUUACAACAUUGAGCGGGACCAGUGGUCAACAGUAUCCGAAAUGCCCUUUGGCCAUGGGGAGCCAGGUAUCGCCAUCCUGGACAACAAAAUAUACGUCUUGGGUGGGAGGUCACAUGACCGCUACACACGCACAGACUAUGUGCACAUAUACAAUGUGACAGAUCACUGCUGGGAGGAAGCUCCUGACAUUGAAUGUGCCAAUUCGGGCAUGUCCUGCUGUGUCCUUACUCUCCCAAGGAGGCUGGUGGAGGACUGGGCAAAUCCCACACCACAAAAGCCAGCCCAGCGAGUUUGCCGCCGCCGUGCCUACAUGCUUCCUGAAGUGGUUGGGCUUUCUGACUUCGAGGAGCUCAGUUCCAGUGAAGACUGAAGUCAGGUUAAGGUGCCAGAACUGUCAACUACUCUGAUUCUGUGGAUAUUCACCCGCUCCCUUUUCUCCUCCUCAUGUUCUUAACUGCUCUUGAAGAAUCUGGGUUGUCAACACACUGAGUAGACCUUGCCUGCUGAGGGAGGUUAGUCUGCAGGAAUACAUAUGCUUCUCUCCCUGCCUCGCCUGCACUAUUAUCCUAUUGAACUGAUUAUUGCUGAGAAACCAAUUUUGACAGAAUGCAGGUGUGCAGGAAGAUUAUUACAUCAGAAUCUGCUUCAGUCAUCGUGCUGGUUAAUAAAUACUCCCUCAAUCGGAUCUUGUAUCUUUCAUCCCAGCAAAACUGUGGAGACUAAUCAUCAGUUUCAAAGCUCAAUACAUCACAAGGAAUACUCCUGGGACUGUGUGCACACUGCCAGUUCAUCAUUGAGGAGACUUACAUUUCCUCAUUUCUCUCUGCAUCUUAGUCUCUCCCUUGCACUUCCUUCCCACUCAUCGGUUCACUCUGCUCUAGAUGGUUCUUCUCUGAAGUAUCUCCUUGCAGUUUCACUGUACGGGAGCUAGACUUCAUUCCAUGUUCUUUGUCUUCCCUCAUAUCCAUAUUGUGGAGUUCCUCUGCUCAGUUUUCCUUCUCCGCCCAUUAGAAAAUUCCAGGUGGGGCCUCUCCAUGCUAAUUGUGGCACAGCACUAGCGCUUUUGCUCCUGAGUGAUAAACUAGUAGGUUGAAGACCCACUCCAAAGAAUUGAACAGAUAUAAGUGAUCUGUCUGUUGCAGCCAGAGAGGCCAUUUGCCAGGUGGAUUAAGGCUUGAUUUGUCUCAGGAAAGAGAAAACCAUUUACCUAACAGUUGGAUGGGAAUGAUCUGUAGCUACUUCCAAGAGCAGGGGAGCUACUCCCAAUACUGUGACCCACAUUCUUGCUUGUACCUGAAGUUCACCUGGUUGUACUGGGUACGGCAGUAAUAUUCAUUAUGAUAUCAGCCACUUGACGCAAGUUUGUGUGUGGAUGGGGAAUUUAUCAUUAUGUCAGAGUGUGAAAAAACAUGCUUGACUCUAAGCUCUAGGCAGUGAGGGCAGCUGACAGGAGUUUGCUGCAUUUCAUCAUCUCCCUGGCUAUACAGUGGUUUGGAGGUUUUAUUACACAUGAUAGAAUUGCAGGUUGUUUUUAUUUAAUUCAGUUUAUUUUUUAUACUUCACUCCUCUGAGGAGGACUGCACUUUACACAAUCGGCCAUCAUCUGGUUUUCCAGUGCAGUGGUGAGAUUGGCUGUGUUUGACCCAGAUACCCUGCCAUUGCCCCUAAACAUGAAAGAAGAAUCAGUAACUAACCUUGAUGCUCACUUUUAAAGUUUGAGGGUUGAUGUAGAGUUAGUCUCUCAAGUCUCCUUGUGACUUGUCCUAUGUGUUUGCCUUGCAUCUGCGAAGUGCCUAGGAAUGUGCUUCCAGUCAAGAUGCAUAUGAAUGCAUGUUACCAAGGUGUGUUGUAUUAACCAAUUUAUUGACAGUGAACUGCAUCUAAUCACAGAGUGCAUCAAUCACGCUUACUUCAAGAUUCCUAGUGUCCAAGAGUGACCCUAAAGGAGAUCCACUGCUAAAAAUCUUCAGCAUUUCCUUGAUCCUCCAUGGUUGGUAUGAAUUUAAUGUUUACCUCACUUGUAACUUGUGUUGCAAACCUGUGAAGCAACCAAGAAAUUGUUAGCCAAAGUCUGGGGCAAUCAUGACAAGAAUAUUGACUUUAUGAACAUCAGGACAUUUUCCAAAAUUUCUGCUGCAGGGUGACAGCCCAAUAUGCAGACUGUCAGACAGACACCCUGCUGUGUUCCAACAGCUGCAGUGCUGGCUGCGAUGGUAUAGUCCACCAAUCUAGGGUUGUUUCCUUGGAAAGAGCUUGUUAAAGUUUAUCAAGGAUUAAACUGGCAAUAAGGCACUGAAGAUAACUGGAAUAACAUUUGAUGGAAAUCGUCAAAUCAUGGAACCUUUUCUGGAGUUUGAGUACACUUGUCCUCCAGAGCAUUGAAGUUUUGUGACAUUAAAACCUGCACUCAUUAAUUUUACAAUGUCAAUUCAUUGCUGCAUGAAAUACAAAUAACAAAACUUUGUACUUUGCAUAGAUUUUCAAUCUGGCUCAUUAUUUGUGCUCUCUAAGCUGUUUGUUUCCCAGCUGCUAGAGAGGUGGGAAUGGGAACCUGUACAGUGGUGGCAGGAACCCAUCCAACAGCAGUGCUGGGGAAUACCCUAGGAGCUCUGUAAGAGGGGAAGAGGGGACCCCUCCAACAGGCGAAGGAGAAAUGUCCUGUUGCACUUUAAAGGAUAGGAGCUUUUAUGCAAGUGCUUAUUCCUCCCCCAUUUCGUCAUUUUUCUUAUUACAGUUUGAGAGAUUUUGCCAUGUUCUAAUUUGCAGGUGCUUUUCUGAGUCAUCGAGCACUACAGCACAGAAACAGGUCAUUCAGCUCAUCUGGUCCAUUUGAACCUUAGCCAUCCCCAUCCAUACCCCAUCUAUCCUUUAAUGUUGAAAUCAAACAAACAUCCACCAGUUCUGUUGGCAUCUUGUUCCACACUCACACCACCCUGAGUGAAGGAGUUAGCUAAUGUUUGCUAAUGCUACUCAGGAGGGUUUAAACUAGUUUUGCAGGGAGCUGGGAAACAGAGCUCCAGGUCAGUAAAGGAAGGAUUGGACAGGAAGGUAGAUGUCAGGGAAAGUAUUGAAAGGCAAAACUGAAAUAACAGGUAUGAUGGAUUGGACAGUUUGAAGUGUGUUUUUUCCUUUGCUAGGAGUAUUACGAGUAAAGAUGAUGAACUGAGAACGUGGAUCAGUACAUAGAACUACGAUAUUGUGGCCAUUACAGAAACUUGGCUGAGAGAGGGGCAGGAAUCUGUGAUUAAUGUACCAGGUUUUCAAAGUUUUCGAAAAGAUCGGGGGGUCGGGGGCCACUACUAAUCACAGUUGCAGGCAGUGAAGACAUGGAGAGGUCAGGCACCGAGUCCAUUUGGGUGGAACUCAGGAAUAGUAAGGUUGCAAUCACACUGAUAGGAUUGUACUACAGACACCCCCAAUAGCCUCUGGGACAUUGAACAGAUUAGGGUGAGGCAGAAUUUAACAGUAUCCAGGAGGGUUUAUUAAAUCAAGAUGUAGUUGGUCCAACAAGGAGGAGGUCUGUACUGGACCUGCUGAUGGGUAAUGAGCCUGGCCAGGUGACUGACCUUUCAGCGGGAGACUACAACUUCUGGUCUUUAGGAUAGCUACAGAAAGGGAUUGGUAUGGUCCUUGCAGGAGAGUUUUAAUUUGAAGUCAGGCAAAUAAGGGCAUUAGGCAGGAACCAAGGAAUUACAGUAAUUGGGAACACCUUUUUUCUGGCAAGUACAGAUCAGACAUGUGGAGGGUGUUUAAAGUUCAUUGGAUAGAGCACAGGAAAAGUGUGUAAAGAAGAAAGGACAGGGAUGAAAAGAUAAAGAGAACCUUGGAUGUCCAGAGAGGUCAAGAAGAAAAUUGAAAACUAUGUAAAGCUUUGGCAGUUCGGAUCAAAUGGAGCACAUGGGUAUAAAGAAGCCAGAAAAGAACUAAAGGAGGGAAUUAGGAAAGCCAGGAGGGGUCAUGAAAAGUCCUUGGCAAGUAGGAUUAGGGAGCAGGUAGGACCACACAAGGAUAAAGGAGGAAAAUUUUCUUGGAUGCAGAGAGUGUGAGUGAGGUACUUAGUAAAUACUGAAGCAAAGUACUUAAGGAAAGGGGUAUGGAGGACUAGGAGAUCAGUGCCGAGUAUAUAAAUAUGUAUAUAAAUAGAGAAAAGAUGGGCAGGAAGGCAAAGGAAAUGGGGUGGUGCUCUUAAUUAAGGAUGAGAUCAGGGCGAUAUAAGACCUACGGAGCAGAAUGUUGAGUCCAUCUGGGUAGAGAUUAAGAAUCGUAAUGGGGGGGGGAAAAUCACUGGUGGGAGUUGUCUAUAGGCCACCUAAUAAAAAUAUUGCAGUGGAAGAGGCGAUUAACCAAGAAAUAACUGAGGCUUGUAAGAACGGAACGGCAGUUAUCAUGGGGGAUUUUAACUUCCACGUAGAUUGGGUGAAUCAGAUUGGUCAAGGAAGUUUUGAGGAGGACUUCAUAGAAUGCAUCCGUGAUGGCUUUCUUGAGCAGCAUGUUAGUGAACCUACAAAGGAAAAUGCUAUCCUAGAUCUAGUCCUGUGCAUUGAGACAGUUAAGAUUAAUAAUCUUCUUGUCAGGGAUCCUCUUGGAAAGUGAUCAUAGUAUGAUUGAAUUUUGCAUACAGAUGGAGAAUGAAAUAGAUCUAAAACUAGUGUAUUAUGCUUGAACAAGGGAGACAACAACAGGAUGAGGGAGGAAUUGGCUAAUGUGGAUUGGGAGCACAGGCUAUUUGGUAGGACAGUUGAAGAACAGUGGAAUACUUUCAAAGAGAUUUUUCACAGUGCUCAACAGAAGUAUAUUCCAGUCAAAAGUAAGGACAGUAAGUGUGGGGAGAGCCAGCCUUGGAUAACUAAGGACAUAAAAGAUAGUAUCAAAUUAAAAGCUCGUGUACAAAGUCUCAAAGAGUAGUGGGAGACUGGAGGAUUGGGAAAACUUUAAAAAGCAACAAAGAACAACUAACCAAGAAAUUAGAAAAGGGAAGAUAAGUGUAUCAAAGUAAAUUAGCACAAAAUAUAAAAACAGCAAAAGUUUUUAUAAAUAUAUAAAGCAGAAGAGGGUGGCUAAAGUCAGUGUAGGUCCAUUGGAAGACAAGGGGAAAUUGAUAUUGGGUGAUAAGGAAAUGGCUGAGGCAUUGAACGACUAUUUUGUGUCGGUCUUCACUGUGGAGGACACGUCUAAUAUGCACAAGAAUGAUGUUAUUGAUGAAAUGGGAGGCGAGGACCUUGAUAAAAUCACUGUCACUAAAGAAUAGUGAUGAGCAAACUAAAGGGCCUAAAGGUAGAUAAGUCCCCUGGCCCUGAUGGGAUGCAUCCUAGGGUGCUAAGGGAAUUGGUAGAGAUUAGACGUGUUGGUAAUCAUUUACCAAAAUUUUCUAGGCUCUGGGCAGGUCCCAGCGGAUUGGGAGACAGCAAGUAUUAUGCUACUUUUUAAAAAAGGAUGUAGGCAAAAGACGGGCAACUAUAAGCCAGUUAGCUUAAUCUGUAGUCGGAAAAUGCUUGAAGUUGUCAUUAAGAAAUAGCGAAACAUUUAGAAAGGAGUAGUUCCAUUAGACAGAUGCAGCAUGGAUUCAGAAAGCACAGGUCCUGUUUGGCAAACUUACUGGAGUUCUUUGGGGACAUAAUGAGUGCAGUGGAUGCCGUAUACUUGGAUUUCCAGAAGGCGUUUGAUAAGGUGCUGCACAAGAGACUUACAAAUAAGAUACGGAUGCAUGGAGUUGGAGAAAGUGUAUUGACAUGGAUAGUGGAUUGGUUAACCAAUAGAAGGCAGAGAGUUGGUAUAAAUGGGUGUUUCUCCGGUUGGCAGUCAGUGGUGAGUGGGGUGCCACAGGGGUCAGUGCUGGACCCACAGCUGUUUACCAUUUACAUUGAUGAUUUGGAAGAGGGGACUGAGUGUAGCGUAGCAAAAUUUGCUGAUGACACUAAACUGAGUGGAAAAGUAAAUUAUACAGAUAUUGUGGAGAGUCUGCAGAGGGAUAUAGAUGGGUUACAGUGAGUGGGCCAAAGUCUGGCAGAUGGAAUACGACGUUGGUAAAUGCGAGAUCAUCUGCUCUUCUAUUAUUCCUUCCAAAGUGGAUGAUCUCACAUUUACCAACGUUGUAUUUCAUCUGCCAGACCUUGGCUGGUGAAAGAUUGCAGCAUGCUGUUGUGCAGAGGGACUUGGGAGUGCUUGUGCAUGAAUCGCAGAAGGGUGGCUUGCAGGUACAACAGGUUAUUAAGGCAGCAAACGGAAUGUUGGCAUUCAUUGCUAGACAGAUUGAAUUCAAGAGCAGGGAGGUCAUGCUGCAACUAUACAGGGACUGUACCUGGAGUACUGUGUGCAGUUCUGGUCUCCAUACUCGAGGAAGGAUAUACUGGCUUUGGAGACAGUGCAGAGGAGGUUCACCAGGUUGAUUCCAGGGAUGAACGGGUUAACCUGUGAGGAGGCAUUCAGUGGCCUGGGACUAUACUCUCUGGAAUUCAGAAGAAUGAGAGGAGAUCUUACAGAAACAUACAAAAUUCUGAAAGGUUUAGAUAAGAUACAAGUAGGAAAGUUGUUUCCAUUGGUAGGUGAGACUGUAACUAGGGGACAUUGCCUCGAGAUUCAGGGGAGAAGGUUUAGAAUGGAGAUGAGAAACUUUUUUCCCAGGGAGUGGUGAAUCUGUGGAAUUCUAUGCCCAGGGAAGCAGUUGAGGCUUCUUCACGAAAUAUAUUUGAGAUAGAUAGGUUUUUACAUAGUAGGGGAAUUAAGAGCUAUGGGGAAAAGGCAGGUAGGUGGAGCUGAGUUUACAGACAGAUUAGCCAUGAUCUUACUGAAUGGCGGGGCAGGCUCGAUGGGCUGGAUGGCCUACUCCUGCUCCUAUUUCUUAUGUUCUUAUUUAGAGGUUGGGGAGGAGGAAGUGUUGGGUCUCCUAUUACAUAUUAAGGUGGAUAAGUACCCAGGGCCUGAUGGGAUUUACCACAGGUUAUUAAAGGAGACGAGAGAUUGCUGGGACCCUGACCAGUACCUUUGUGUCCUGGAGGACUGGUGAGUAUCCAAUGUACCUCUAUUUAAAGAAGGGAAAAUCCUGGGAACUAAAGAUAGGCAAGUCUCACAUCAGUUGUAGGGAAAUUGCUGGAGAAAAUAUUUAGGGAUAGGAUACCUGAGCAUUUGGAAACCCGUGUCGUGAUUAGGGAGAGGCAGCAUGGCUUUGUGCGGGGCAGGUCGUGUCUUACCAGCUUGAUUUCUUGACAAGGUGACGAGAGGGAUUGAUGAGGGUAGGGCAGUGGAUGUUGUCUGCAUGGAUUUUAAAAAGGCGUUUGACAAAGUCCCGCGUGAGAGUCUAAUCGAGAAGAUUAAGAUGCAUGGGGUUCCCCACGAAUUGGCUGCUUGGAUUCAAAACUGGCGCAAAGAAGACAUUGGGUAGUGGUUGAAGGGACAUACUUGAGCUGGAGGUCUGUAACUGGUGGUGUUUUGCACAAAUCUGUGUUGGGAUCUCUGCUGAUUAUGAUGUAUAUAAAUGACCCGGAUGAAAAUGUAGAUGGGUGGGUAAGUUUGCGGAUGAUACCAAGAUUGGAUACCUUUAUAAAAUCUUCCCUCAUUGUCCUACGCUCCAGGGAAUAAAGUCCUGAACUAUUCAACCUUGCCCUACAACUUAAGUCCCAGCAACAUAACACACAAGAGAAAAUUUAGAUGCUGGAAAUCCAGCAACACACACACAAACUACUGGAAGAACUCUUCAUGCUGCCUGGCCUGCUGAUUUCCUUCAGGAUUUUGAAGGCAUUUAUAUAUUUUCUUUCACGAACAAGAGAAAAUCUGCAGAUGCUGGAAAUCCAAGACACAUGCAAAGGUCUUCGGGCCAAAACGUUGACUGUACACUUUCCAUAGAUGCUGCCUGGCCUGCUGAGUUCCUCCAGCAUUUUGUGUGUGUUGCUAUACAUUUUCUUGGUAUUUUUUCAAUCUUAUUGAUAUCUUUCCUGUCAGUAGUGACCAGAACUGCACACAAUACUCCAAAUUAGGCCUCAACAACAUCUUACACAAUUUCAACAUUCAUGUACUCAAUACUUUGAUUUGUGAAGGCCAAUGUGCGAAAAGGUCUCAAAUCCUAUUUACUUGUGAUGCCACUUCCAAGAAGUCAUGGAUCUGUGCUCCCAGAUCGCUUUGUUGCAUUGCACUCCUCAGUGCCCUAACCUUGGUUUGUCCUUCCAAAGUACAACACCUCACACUUGUAUGUAUUAAAUUCCAUCUGCCAUUUUCCAGAUCUCACUGCAAGCUUUUAUAGCCUUCCUCAUUGCCUAUUACACCCUAAUUUUAGUGUCGUCUGAAAAUUUGAUGAUCCAGUUUAUGACAUUAUUAUCCAGGUUGUUGAUAAUGACAAACAACUACAGGCCCAGCUGCUAUUCUUGCAGCACACCACCACAGUCGCAGGCCUGCAGUCAGAGAGGCAACCAUCUACCACAACUCUGGCUUUUCCCGCAAAGCCAAUAUCAAAUCCAACCUUGUCAAGGGCCUUCCACGUAGACAUCAUCCAUUGGCUUCAUUAAGUUUCCUGCUAACAUCUUUGGAAAAACUCUUCAAGACUGGUUUGAUAUGACCCUUCAGCACAAAACCCCAUUGACUAUCCCUAAUCAGACCCUGUCUAUCCAAAUAUAUCCAGCCCCUUAGAACAUCUUUCAAUAAUUCGUAUCACAAGUUUUCUCAGAUCUUCCAAGGUUACUAUGAAUUUAACAUCUACCUCACUUGAUCCACAGCAAACCCAGGCUGUGAAGCAACCAAGAAAUUAGCCAAAGGCUGGGACAAUCAUGCCAAGAAAGAAUUGACUUUAUGAACAUCAGAGACAUUUGGAAAAUUUCUGAUACAGGGUGUCAAUCCAAAAUGUUGACAAUUCUACCCCACUGGAUCCACUGUAUUCCUGCAGAGGUUCCAUUAGCUGUGAAGAAGUUUGGAAUGUCCUGUAUUCAGAAGAAGUGCGAGAGAAAUGUAUGUCUUUCUAAGCAGUGAUGGUCUGCAUACUUGCUUUUCUGAGGUUGGCAUGUUCAUAGAUCAGUUUAAAAAGUUAAAGAUGAUCGAAGGAAGGGCUUCAACAUAUCUGUUCUCUGCCUUGAUGCUGUGCAUCUACUCAAUGUGGUCAGCUAUCAUUGUUUUUAUCUAAACUCUGCUAACAUGAAACUAAACCUGAUCUGCCUUCAUGGUGGGUUAGCAGAGAAGGCAAUCAGCUUUGUGUACAAGCUCACUGACCACUUCCUGAUUCUGCAGUGAAUGCUUUACAUAGUGUGUUUCACACCUUGAAGGAAAAGGAAGACCAGCUUUCCCAGAUGCAGUUCUCAUCUAGUGAGUAGAUUGACUCCCUGAUCACUGCCACAGAUAAACUCAAAACAGCUUGCAAUUUGAAGACCAUCUUGCUGGGUAGGUAAUUGUCAGCCAUGCUCUGCCAGGUUUUGGCCAGAGUACAGAAAACUUAGCAACAUCAGCUGUUAAUGAUGAGAGAUUUCUCGGUAGGCCAGGUGGGCCACUGCCUCAUCCGUUGGCUUUGUGAUGUGGAGUCAUUUUGGCCAGUGUUCUUUAUCUGGAUUAGGUUAGUGUGGCACUGGGUAAAAUCUGGUGUAGUCCAGCUAACAUCCUUCUCCAUCAAUGAGAAAUCCAGACUGCAUUAUCAGGUGGGGUUGGGUG